UUGAGUUAGGGUUUAUAGCGAUGGAGGGAGGAAGCACGCGCAUGGGCAGCAGAUCCUCGACGCGGCACGGCCCCGGAUCGGUAGUGUUUCAGGGCCCGGUGAGGAAAUGGCGCAAGUCCUGGGCACCGAUCGUCACUACCUCGGCGACGCAUGCGAGCUCCAGGGUCCUGCUCUACAAAUGGAGCCCGAUCUCAGUGAGCAAAGACGAUGCCGCGGAGGAGCAGCUAAACUCUCCAGCAAUUCGAUUUGUUCCUGUCUCCGUGAUCCUCGCAAGAAAAAUGGAAGAAGAGAAGCAAGAACGAGAACAAGAGCUGGAAGAAGACGAUGACGCUGGCGGCCAAGCCGAUAUGGACGAAGACAAAGAUAUAUCCUCCUAGUUUUAAAGGAUGUAUGUACAUAGUUUUUGAGACUAGAUAAGGGGCGAAUAUCCUCCUUCUCUCU